CAACUUCAGAUCUGUUCAAGCACUAAAGCAUGAGUAAUAGUAUUAAAAUAGACAACAAACAAAAUAAAACCUAAACAAGGAAGAAGCAAAUAAAGAAAAACUUUAAUUUGAAGAUUAUACCACCAAACAAGCAUGGAUACAGAAUUUUUUUUAGUUUGGCAUUGGACUCGUCACUAAAUUGUCGUCAGCUUCCCGUUGGUAGCCGCUCUAGACCGUCGCUACGUCGUCGCUCCUCCAUCGGAAAUAAGGCGAGGGGUCAGGCACUAAACAGUAAACCCUAACCCCGGAAUUGGCUCUUCCUCUAGGCGACGUCCCUCUCUCACGCUAACCGUGUCUGUAAAAGUAAGAGAGAAAAUCGGAGCUCGACAUUUCGAUCUGAUUCUAAGGGUGGUCAAUAGUGGAUUGCUUUGGACUCUGUUCGUCAGACUUGUGGGCUUGGAUCUUAAAUUAAAAAGGUGUCAUAAAUAACUAAUAAUGACACUUUUUAUAUUAUGUGUCCUUAGAUAGUGUCAUUAUAGCCAAUUUUUCUUGCUUACACAUUGAUGGGAAAUAAUGCGUGGCUCGGCCCACAUUUCCCAAUUAUUUACGAAGAAAAGUCAAAUCGAGCCUGUUUGAUGAAAUGGAGGAAUAAGAGAAUAUUCCCCGAAGAUGCUCCUCCUCCCUCCUAUAAAAGGAGGGGUGCCCCCAAUGUGAAAGGGGAGGCCAUCUAUCACACUCUCCCCUACCAACUUCCUCUCUCUCUAGAAAUUUGGUAGUUUAUUUUUUUAAAGAGGCUUCAAGCUUUCAUAGCUUCCAUUAAUGGCUUCUAUGCCUAAAUCAUGUACCGUGUAUACACCCCCGAUAUUAAUAAAAAUCUCCUGUUGGCAAGGUACCGCCAAAAAAGGCCCGUGGUUUUCUCCCGAUUUGGGUUUCCACGUAAAAAUCCUCGUGUUUAUAGUUUGGUGUAUUUUUAGACUAGUUUAUCGUUUUAGCCGGGCUAAAAACGAUAUACCAGUCGAUAAUUUACACCAUCAUUUUGGCGCCACCCGUGGGACUCGAAAUCUUGCCCAUGAAGUACCACAAAAUCUUGUAUAUCUCUUAUGUACAAAAAAAUGGUGAGAGGAAUAAAAGAAAAGGGGAGAGGAAACUCCCCACUGAGGAGUAGUCACGGGAAAAGAGUAGUGUGUUCGUCCAUGCAGCACAACUUUUUUUCUUCCCCCACAUUGCAAAAGCAAAAAAAGGAAGAAAUCAGCACCCCAGAGCUACAGGAGAUCGAGAUCUACCCUUCCUCUCACCUUCCGGAGUCCAUCGUUGCCGUCGCCAUAGCCACUGCCGCCAUCCUUGCCGCAGCCUGACUUCCGGCCAAUACACCCACUACAAAAAAUCUAAUCUUUUGUGGCUAACUUUUUGUAGCAAAUUAUAAUAUUGCCACAAAAUUCAAAUAUUGUAUAAUAAUUUGUGGCAAUUAGAAAUUUGCCACAAAAUCAUUUAUCUAUUGUGGCAAUUUUAUAAAAUUGCUACUAUAUACAAAAUACAUACUUUUUAUACCAUUACAGGAAAUAAAGUUAUUACGGAGUACUUCUUAAAGAAUACGGAGUAGUUUUUUUCCGUUCUCUGUGUCUCCCUCUCUAACCCUCACUUCUCUUCCAAAAAAGAACCCUCACCUCCCUCGCUCGUUUUUUUCAACAGGUGCCGAUCGACUGCUUCCUCUCCAAUCUCAAUCCGAGCAUUUAUCUGAUUCGGAACAUCUAUUGUGCUUUCGUGCUUCGCGAAUCGCAACAUCAUCUUAGUACGUUGAUUAUAUCUCACUAGAGUCACUUGCCGAUUUCUCCCUCAACCGGCCACCAGGGCAUCAUGCUUAAGAGAGAUUGUAUCAAACGAUCUAAUAGAUCCCGUUCGGUCUCACAAGGAUUCUGCACCCUAUUUAAAAAGGCAGUACAAGAGGAAGGACUCAAGGAGAUCCCUGAUAUUUAUUAUCUGUAUAGUUCUCUAGGCUAUGGAUAAAAAAACUCAAAAGGAGAACAACCAGUCCUGCCUUGAUCUAUCAUGCUUUCCAUCGUCACGAACUCGGGAACUGAAGCAGCGAGGCAAGGGCUAUGGUUCAAAUGACCAAUGACGACGUGGAGCUAAAAGCGGGAAUUAACAGAGAUGACUCCAGGGUUAGCAGCUUCGGCCUACCAUGCUGGCCGAUUGGAAUCACUUGUUCCAGGGCAGUCACUCAUUGCUACCAUCUCCAUUUUUCAAUUUAAUUGCUCAUUUUUUAAUUAUGUUCUACUCUAGUAUCUAUUUUGUUGAUUUUAGCAUAAUGUUAGCCUAAAUAUCAUAGACACAUCAAAGGUGAAACUUAUGUAAUCUAUAUGUUUCCCUGUAAUUGGCGUAUGUGUUUGAGUUUUGAAUAAUAAUAAACACCUGCCAAUUAACAGUUAUAGAUUAAACCCCUUAUUAAACCUACUAGGAUAAGAUUACAUCUUCCUUCACUGUAGUACUCUUGGAUCCGGUAAUCUUGCACUCCUAGUUUUUAGUAAAAUGCACAGGUAAACACCAUCUCAUGUUUGCUUUUCUAUCUCGUUGUAUCUCUUGUAUUUGUGUGAAAACUCUGAACUAAAUUCGCAUUUUAGACUAGAUAAUAAAUAAAUUGUCGUUUGACAGGUUGGCUGUAGUAACUAUAUCAGUAUAUUUCUGUUUGUUCUUAAUAAUUGUGUCGGGGUUUCAUUCACCUCUUACUUCCUAGAGGAUUAUAAUGAUAUUUCUAAUCUUUGCUUAAAUUCAUCCAUUGAUAUUCUUAUGUGUACUUUGUCUGACAGCAAAAUCAGAUAAGGUAAUGCUACGAUUUUGAAGAUCUUAGACCGUGCACAAGAGGUUAAAUGCUUAAGACUUUGCUUAAAUCAGGAGACAUGUCAUUUCAGCCAUUCAAAGGGAAGAGUAUGGCAAUGAUUUUUGCAAAGCCAUCCAUGGAAUAUGUGUGUGCUCAUUAAAACAUCCUUGACCUAGCCAAGUAUACCAUUGUUCCUGUUGUCAAUAGAUUAACAAAUUGCAACCACCAAUGUCAAAUCAUGGUCGGUGCACUUACCAUCGUUGAACACGUUGGUGGCUUGGAAGGAACCAAGAUAUGAAAAUUUUCUUGAUCAAAAACUAGGCAAAGUGUUGGAGGAGAGCCCUUUGUGGAUAAAACAAUGUGAUGCUAUGGAUGAGGAAAAAAAUGCACAUUCUAGAGGUUUUGGACAGCACCAAAAGAGCAUUAGAAGGACUGGAGCUUAUCAAAUCUCCACUCUUUGGAAAGCAUGAGUGGUUUUAAGCUUUUUAGCUUGUAAUGUAACUACUGAUACUUUAGAAAAUUUGUCAUUUCAUGGCUUUAGGUUAUUGUACCCAAGUUUUGGCAUUACACGUACAACAUGCCCUUGUAUCUUUCUAUUUUUAUUGUAAUAAAAUUGUUUAUUUAAGAGAAAAUGUAAUAUAAUAAAAAAUCUGUAGCAAAUUUAAUUUGACACAAUUAUAAACUAGCACUAGUAUUAGGUUUGCCAUAAUUAAUUUAUAAUUGUAGCAAUUAAAAUUUGCCACUAAAUGUGAUUUUUUUGACAGUGUAAUUUGUGGCAACAUAAAUUUGCUACUAAACAUUAGCUUUUGUGGCAAAUUACAAUUUGUGGCAAUUGAAAUUUGCCACUAAACAUGAGCUUCUGUGGCAAAGUUUUAUUAGUGGCAAGUCAUAAUUUGCCACAAAAACCUUAUAUUUUGUGUCAAAGUUAAAUUUGCCACAAAUACUUUUUGUAACGGGAUAUCUGUAGCAACUUUGUAGCAAAUUCCUAAAUUGCUACAAAUUGUUAUUGUGGCUAAUUUUUUAUGUUUUGUGGCAAAAUUUGGUGCCACAAAAAGUCAAAUUUUUUGUAGUGACCACCACCACAGUUGAGAAGACGAGUUCCCUCCGCCAACGCACGACAGAUCGACCUGGGGAAGUCCACCACGCUGCUCAUGGUGAAUUUUACCCGGAACCGCCGGCCGUCCAACACUGUCCUCGCCGUAGCACCAGAGCGCUGUUGCCAUCCAUGGUUGCAGCCUAGCUUCAUCCGCGCCAGCAGUCGGCAUUGCAACCGCCGUUGCCUAAAAUUGAUGGCCUUGCCGAUGAAGACCCCCGUUGUUGCUCCCGAGAUGCGUCGUCAUCAUCGCUAGUUCAAAAGCUUGUCCGCCGCAGCCGCCAUCACCACUCUUCAAAAUUGCCGCCCGCUCACCAUUUCUGACUCAUGACUCGAUCUGCCCUGCCUUCAACUUGGGUGAAUUAAAGCAAUACGACGAGCUAUUCUUCUAGGGGCAGAGAUGUGUCUUGCCGACGAGCUAUUCUUUCAAGGUCAGAUUUUCCCUCUCUGCCAACACCCUAUCAGCACCGAUUCCACUUCUACGGCACUCCGCUGCAAGAAGCCACCAGUCAUUGAGCUCCGACAAUUUGUCUGCCGUCACAAGCCGCCAAGAUCCUGGAACCGGUUCUUGUUCUCCCAGCGGAGCCCGACGCCCCAUAUUCGGCUCCCCAAGGCUUCUUCGCAAUGACCCACCGCCUCAUCCAACGGUCACCCCCAGAGCCCCUCCAUCGCCAUGCUCUGGAGUCUGGACCCUGUUUUUGGUCGGUCUCGUGACAAUGCAAGAAAUUGGGUCACAGGGUGCCCGCCGUCGGAUUCCAUAAUCACCGCUGCCCAAGGAUUUGCUUCUGAAAGGUUUUCCCUGAUGUUACAGUGUGAAGUCCACUUAAUUCACCUCACCAAUCAUUGAGAUUUUCUUGAGGAUUAACAUCAUAAGAGUGGUCCUGCGCUGGUGCCUCUACACCUCAAAACAAUGAGUUGAGAGCUACCUCAAGUCAAGACAGUAAUGUGAAUACAAGUUUUGAAAAGAU